GUUUUAGAAAUUCGGUCGAUAGGCACCGCAGUUGGUUGGCUCACUAUCCCGGUUUCGGCAAACCGUUGUUGUGAAGAGAGGGAAACAGAAAAGAGAAAAUCGACUACAGCAUUUUUCAGAAUAUAUUUUUCGUUUGUCUACCGUACAUCUUCGUUGUCUCUUUUGAGCAGGCACCAUGGCGUGUGGAGCUACGUUAAAGCGCUCGAUGGAGUUUGAGGCCCUACUCAGUCCUCAGUCUCCUAAGCGAAGAAGGUGCAAUGCACUACCGGGGGCUCCAAGCACCCCGUCCCCUCAAAGGUGCAACCUCCGUCCGCCAGUUGACUGCCCAUCAUCACACUCGAUGUCUCCCCCGGCUAUGGGAGGAGAGCACAGGCUAACUCCAGAGCAGAUCUUCCAUAACAUCCGUCAGGAGUACAGCCGCUACCAGAGGCGGCGGCAGCUGGAGGGGGCCUUCAACCAGAGUGAGGCUGCCUGUAGCUCCACCGAUGCCCCUAGCUCCUCCCUCACCGCCCCCAGCUCCCCACCAGGUGCCUCGAGGAAGGACCAGCCAUCAUUCACACUGAGGCAGGUGAGCUACCUGUGCGAGCGCUUGCUCAAAGACCACGAGGAGAAGAUCCGGGAGGAGUAUGAACAGAUCCUCAACACAAAACUUGCAGAACAAUACGAAUCUUUUGUGAAAUUCACACAAGACCAGAUCAUGCGAAGAUACGGCGCCAGGCCUGCUAGUUAUGUCUCUUGAAUUCACCCAUUGAUGAGGUACCAGCUUUUCUCACAAGAUGGCUGCUCUUCUACUGCCCCUUCCUCCACUAGAUAUUUGAUUUUUAUUUCUCUUUUUUCCAUGCUAUUUGGGUACCAUGGUUUAUCCACAUUUUUAAUCUAAAACUGGUUUCUAUAAAAUGCUAAUGGAUCGGAAUGAAAUGUAAAGAUUCGAUUAUAUGCUUGCUCUCUGGAUUUUUUUUUGACGAAAGCAGUUUUUUUCGUUCUCCCCAGCGCUAUAGUGGCUAUUCUCUGAUCCUUGUGUAUUAUAACCUGCCAGCACUGCCCCUCUGCAGCAGCUGUAUUACUAAAGCCCCCUGGCCUCUCAUCCACCCAGUGUAUUUGUAUCUUUCCAACUUGAACUGAGGAUGUGGAUUUCUUUUGAAAUUAAAAGUUCUGUGAUUUAAAAUGGCUUCCCUCAAUUACUUUUUUGUUUUGCAUUCAGUUGAACAAACUGUUAUAACCAACUGUUUUGGUAAAUGCGUGACAAAGUUUGUCUUUUGUCAAAGGAAGGUUCAUUUGUGCAGUACAUGUGCUUUAAGGUUGCAUAACCCCCUUGAAUUGAGUACAUUUAAGACUGUUAUAGUGCAUUCGGUAAAGAAUUCAGACCCCUUUUCCCACAUUUUGUUACUUUGCAGCCUUAUUCUGAAAUUGAUGACAUUUGCAUUUUUGAAGCAUGGUUGUGGCAGCAUCAUGCUGUGGGGAUGUUUUUCAGCGAAUGGGAGACCUGUCUGGAUCGAGGGGAAAGAUGAACGAGUUCCUUGAUUGAAAACCUGCUCCAGUGUGCUCAGGACCUCAGACUGGGGUGAAGGUUCGCCUUCCAACAGGACAACAACCCUAAGCACACAGCCAAGACAAUGCAGGAGUGACUUCGGGACAAGUCUCUGAAUGUCCUUGAGUGGCCCAGCCAGAGCCCGGACUUGAACCCGAUCGAACAUGGCUGGAGAGACCAGAAAAUCUCUGUGCGGCUCACCAUCCAACCUUACAGCGCUUGAGAAGAAUGGGAGAUUCCCCAAUUAUAGGUGUGCCAAGUUUGUAAUGUCAUCCCAAGACUUGAGGCUAUAAUCACUGCCAAAGGUGCUUCAACAAAGUACUGAGUAAAUGGUCUGAAUACUUAUGUAAAUGUGAUUUUACCUGUUUAUUUUCUUUGUCAUUACGGGGUAUUGUGUGUAGCUGGAGGGGGGGGCGGCAAUUUAAUCAAUUCGAAGAUACGGCUGUAUGUAACAGUGGAAAAAGUCAAGGUCUGAAUUCUUUCCGAAUGCUCUGAAUGACUAGAGUUAUCAGGCUGUGGUUAACUCUUGUAACAAUAACAAAAUGUCUAAUUUAACACUACUUCCUAACCCCCCCCCCAUGGGCACUUAUGAAGAUCUGAGAGGAUUGUUGUAUAUGUGAAAAUCAACAAGCAGAUCAAUAAAUUCAGUACAUGUAAAACUUG